GUGAACCAGAAGUAGUUUGAAUAUACGGAAGUAACCUGCUGCAAAACACUGAAGUUUGUAGUCAUGCAUGGAAUCGCAAUACAUUAGAUUUGCACCAGCCAAACAGAUUUUGCACUUCUAAUAGGAACCCCUAGUUUGCUAAUUUACUUGCCCCCGUGGCUGUCAAGUUGUGCGGACAUGUGCACACAAACGAAAGCUGCUGCCCGCAUGGUAAAUAUCCCGCAGGCAGACAUCGAUGCCUCCGGUGUGUUCAAAUACGUCCUCAUCAGAGUCCACAGCAAAGAGAAAGGAGACGACACAGAAGUAGACAUAGUCCGUGGAUAUGGCUGGGCCGAGUACCACGCGGAAAUCUACGAUAAGGUUUCUGAGGAAUUGGAAAAGGAUGGACUCUUGGACUGCGAAUGUGUCGGAGGGGGAAGGAUCAGACAUGAUGCCCAAGCGAAGAAGAUCCAUGUUUACGGUUACUCGAUGGGGUUCGGAAGAGCAAACCACGCAAUAACCACUGAGAAACUCAAGAUUCAGUACCCGGAUUAUGAGGUGACCUGGGAUAACGAAGGAUACUGAUAAGAACCAUCGCAAAAAUAUAAUGGACACCAGAAUCAAAGACCAUAUUCAUCAUGAACUUUUCGGUACCACAUUUACAUCCUGAUGCUAUUAUGUCUAAAGUCACUAAUUAUUUCUAUGGUUUCACUUCUCACCUUUUUUACCACAUGGUGGCAGUGGUGACUUGUGACUUGACGUGCUAGGUUGAAAAGGUCAAAUUAGGCAAGAAAUGAUUUCAAUAAAUACUACUUGUGUAAUUUG